AUGUAUUGGCCAUGCAGCGUGCCGCAAAUCUUCGCAUACCAUGGACCCGGCACGGUAAUCGCCUGCAGCCCCGAGGAAGCAGAAACCAGCCAUGAAGAACGCUCAAAUGCAGAAAAAGAGGAGAAUCAUUCAACCGGGGAUGGCUCUAAUGGCAUAGUAGACCUUCAAGCUGCGCGACAUGACCACUUGUUUGCGACAAUCACCGCCUUUCGAUUGGAUCUGUGGUCAACCCGACCCUUGGUUGUCCUCGCCUCGCUUUCUCGUUCACCAAAAUCACUAGAAACCUAUGGCAAGAACCUCGGAGUUGCGUUCAAACCAGAUGGAACCACCUUGGUCAUUCGCACAGCGGGAAGUUACUUGAUGCUAUACUCUGUGGAGAGCGAUCAGACCGCUCGUGUCCUGCAACAACAGUAUGGGUAUAGCCAAGCGAAACGUCAAAAUGUCAUGCGGAGCUUUGGGACAGACGAGACCACCGGGGUACCUGAGGUUUUGCUGCGCUUCCGAAGAGCCAUCAAAAUCGAUGCAGGGAUCAACUCGAUCAACGCGCUUGACUCGGAUAUAAUUGUGGCCACAACUAAACCGGCUGCUGUGCAAUGCAUUAGAUGGGAUCUUCAGAAGGAUGGGUCUAAUGCGGUGGCCCAAUUGCUGAACAGGAUGGACUGGAUUACCCAAAAAUCGAGCAUAUCAACCAUGAUUCACGACAGAGCAAUGAACCUCUCAGUCUGGCUGUCACAGGACGGCCACGCAUAUGCCGUACAGCGGAUCAAACCUCAACUGACGAGAGCACCGUCCUCUGACGACUCUAUCCCUUCCUCAAAGGGAUCCACGACUCCAUCUACUAGGUUGUUCGACGGCUACUGCUUCCACAAGCCUGAAUCAUCCUCCAGCGCGACGUUUGCGAGUAUCAAUGCCCGGUUUUCACUCAUUGCCGUCGCCACCUCGAAGGGGGAAAUCGUCUGCUACGCUGCCAAGGACUAUGCUGGGAAUAUCCCACUGUCCCACACUUUCAAGGCUUCCACUUCGCCCUCAUCCAGAGGCGCUAUUACAUGUCUCAUAUGGUCUCCUGAUGGCUACUGUCUCUUUGUCGGCUACAAACACGGUUGGUCUACCUGGUCGGUGUUUGGAAAAGAGGGCGCUUCAACAUUCCACCAGAACCUCACACACGCAGAAUCUAACGCUGAAAAAUGGCUUCUCGCCAUUCAGCGAGCGACCUGGAUUGGCGCUGGUAGUGAAAUUCUCCUGACGUCCCCGUCCGAAAAUCGAAUCUGGAAGUUAGAAAUGUCGCGGAGCGCCGCUAUGGGCUGUUUCUCCUGUGCAAACCUCGUUCGUGCUCUCCUCCAAACUCCGACUGAGCUCACAGUCUACCGUGGUCAUGAACUCCCCGACUUGACUUCUAUAUCGAAUGAGGCGUCCCUUUGGCAUCACGCCGAAUAUCCAUCCGUCUAUCUACACAAUCAAUGGCCUAUCAAGUCCUGCAUCGUAUCGCAAGACGGAAGAUACAUAGCUAUUGCUGGCCGCCGGGGUCUGGCCCACUACAGUGUUCAGAGCGGAAGGUGGAAGUCUUUCUCCGAUCUGUCGGUGGAGAAUUCGUUCGCCGUUCGCGGAGGAAUGUGCUGGUUCAACCAUGUCCUUGCCGUCGCAACCGAGAAUACCGGUGGGUACGACUUGCGGCUGUACUCGCGGGAACUCGAGCUGGGUCGUUUCCCACUGCAUCACGAAGCAUUCUCCAUGCCAAUCGUCUUUGUGGGCCCCUCAGGAGAAGACUCGGUAUUGGUGUAUACCUACGAGAACAUACUCUACCAUUAUAUCCUCAACAUAACCGACCGAGGUGCGCAACUCGUGCAAGUGGGCCAAAUUGCUUUUCAUGGCAUCGUGCGUGCACCAAGUCGAGUUCGGUCUGUCAGCUGGGUUGUACCCGAUUCUCAGCUUCGAAACGGAGAUCCGUCUAGGGACGUGGAAUUCGCAUCCGUUCUUUUCCUUGUCGAUGACAAGUUGGUCUUGUUGCAAGCCUCCCGGAACGAAAAGGAUGAGCUCAAAUACGACAUGCGCGUCAUUGCUCAGCAUGUUGAGUACUACAUCCUCAUGCGUGAUCAGAUAUACUUUAAUUUCAGCACCGGUCCGGAUGAGUCGGCGCCACCUACACCGUCGCCUGGAUCGGCAUUCACCAUGCGAAGCCAGCAAAACUACUCACUCCGAGACUCUCUGUGGAUAUUCAGCGGCGACGAACUUCGUCUGUGGCCUGAUGUGCGUGAUCUGUUCCAUCAUGCUGCAGGAGAUCUCAACAUCUCACCAGUACUAUCCAUGUCCGUCGACUUCUACCCCUUAUCCAUUCUUCUCACCAAAGGUGUCGUGCUCGGCAUCGAGUCCGAGCUUCUGCAACGUCGAGACGUCAACUUUGCACAAUUCCGCUCCAGCAUCCGCACUCAGCUCUUCCUUCCCUAUAUCCUUCGCCACCAACUCUGUGAAGCGAACGACACUGCCGCUGCGUUCGGCCUGGCGAACCAAUACCAGAACCUUUCGUAUUUUCCUCACGCGCUGGAAAUCCUCCUCCACAACGUCCUCGACGAUGAAGUUGACCGCAAACCCAGAGUAGGAAAGGACAAAGACGACGACAAUGAGGCCCAUUGCCCAUUGCCAGCUGUUCUCUCAUUCCUCCAACUCGUCCUCCCACCAGCAACAUACCUGUCGACCGUGGUGCAAUGCAUCCGCAAAACAGAGCUCUCUUCGUGGCGCACGCUGUUCGCGCACCUCCCGCCGCCUCUGACCCUCUUCGAACAGGCCCUCGAACUCGAGGACCUCAAGACCGCGGGCGGCUACCUCAUCGUGCUCCAGGGGUUGGAAGAGGACAACGACGAGUCCGAGUCCUACGACGCCCGCAGGUUCGAAGGCUACGUCACCCGCCUCAUGAAGCUCGCGCGCCAAAAGGGCGAUUUCGAGCUGUGCGCCGAACUCGCCAGGUUCAUGAUGGGGAUCGAUCCGCGAGGGGAUGCGUUGAGGAGGGUCGUUGUCGGCGUCGGGUUCAGGGACAAGCCCGCGCUUUUGGACCCAAAUCGGACCGUGUCUGGGGUAGUAGAGACGCUCCAGAUACCACGCUCGAGGGGUAAGGGUGUGGAUGAGAGUUCAGAGGGAAGCACAAGUACGUCGCCGGCGAGAUUGAGUCCGGUUGCUGGCGGGGACUAUUUCUCGAACUCACCAGGUGGAUAUUGA